AGCUAGGCCUUUGGGAGCUUGUACGAGCUUGUAUGAGGGCGAGGCGCUCACAUAAAUGAUGCUUCGGACCGCUUUAUUAACGCUGACAGCCCUGCGCGUCCAAGCAUUAUCACCAGCACGCCGCCGCGGCGCCACAACCUUGCACACCUGCAGCAGCACAUUGUACAGCAGCAGCAGCAGCAGCGGCGAUGACGGAUCGGUGUGGCAGGCCAUGAAACUGGUCGACCUGAAGGCCGCGUGUCGCCGCCGCGGCCUCAAAGUCAGCGGCACGAAAGCGGAGCUCGUCGCGAGGCUGUCCGCCGCACCCGAGACCAAGGACGUCGUCGUCUCGCCGCAACAAACGGCGCCGGCGCCCGACGAGCCGUCUAUUACUGACGCGCGCGUGGGGUUCGUGGACUCGAGCGUGCGCGAGGAGCACGAGCUCGAGGUCGGCUCCGCAAAAAUAAGGUGCUUCACGACGGCGUCGCGGCUCGUCGCCCAGGAGAAGGCCGGCAAGGUCGAGGGCGGCCGCGGCGUGCUGCUGCUGCCGGACUCUGAUGGAGAUGUCGCGGCGGAGGUGGCGGACCGCCUCGCGUUCGACGCGGACGCCACGGUGCUCUACCCGGACGUCGACGAGGCCUACGACGCCGCCGCGCUGCUCGAGGCCGCGUCCGCGUUCUUCGCCGAGCAGCGCGUCAGCGCGACGGGCGCCGUGGGCUUCGGGCGGAGCGCGGACGCCGCGCUUCAGGGGGCGUCGAGUGGUUUCGACGCCGUCGUCGCGUGGGCGCCGUCGUCUACAGCGCUAGCGAAGGCGGCGACGACGCCCGUAUGCGUGUUUACGACCUCGAACGCGGUCGAUCUGAGGGACGCGCUGGAGUCUUCGAAGGCGAAGGAUUACGUCGUCCGCGUGGUAGAUGCGACGGAUCCGCUGGUCGAGGAGCAGCUCCUGCUCGGCGCCGCGUGGCUCCAGCUCUACCUCACGGUCGGCGACGCGACGACGGGGCCGCGGGCGAAGAGUUUGUGGGCGGACUAGUUUAUCUUCUAAC